AUGUGCUGAGAUUCUCUCCUGCACUGAACACCCAGCACUGAGCAAUGCUGCUGCCACUUGUAGCCAUCUUCCUCUGCCAUGUCCUCACGCUCUCCUCGGGAUUGGAAGGGCCUCACGUCUGCACAGUUCAGAAACAGUACUCGGUAACUGUGACGGUGACAGAGUUGUCACCUUACCAAGUCCGCGAUUACACUUGGUGCGUAAACAUUCCACCGAGAUGCUCCAGGUAUAAAGUCAGCUUCCGGAUGGUGCACAAAAACCAGACGCUGAUAAAGACAAAGCCAGUAGAAGAGUGUUGUGAGGGAUAUACACGCAGCAAGUGGGACCGUUGUAUACCUGUCUGUAGUGACGACUGUGUCCAUGGUACGUGCGUCGGUCCAGACAUCUGCAAAUGUCAACAGGGCUACGGAGGACCCACCUGUAGUAUAUCUUCUGAUGCUCUGUCCCGUCUUGAAAUCUGUGAAGGUUGCACUUGUCCUAUAGGCUUGUGGGGAACAGCUUGUGACAAACAAUGUGAAUGUGCUAACAACUCUACUUGUGAUCCCUACAGCGGAAAGUGCCAGUGUGCGUCAGGAUAUCAAGGGGAAAAGUGUGAAGAGAAGUGUGAUGAACACCACUUUGGUCAGGAUUGCGAGGAGGAAUGUCAAUGCCAUAAUGGAGCAUCGUGUCAUCACGUCUCGGGACAAUGUCUCUGCAAAGCUGGCUACACUGGACCUUUAUGUGAGAAGCAUUGUCCGGAGGGUACCCAUGGCGUGGAGUGCCGCAACGAAUGCAGUUGUCAAAACGGAGGUACUUGUAACCCUUCUACUGGGGAGUGCUAUUGUCCUCCAGGCUGGUCGGGUGAUGUUUGCGCCAACCGUUGUCCUGUGGGCUUCUGGGGUGAGAACUGUGAACAAGUGUGUGACUGUCUCAAUCAAGGCGAUUGUCACCACAUCACUGGGGUGUGCCGCUGCAAGCCAGGCUUCCAUGGAGACAGAUGUUCAGAGCGAUGUCCGGAGGGCAAGUGGGGUCUCGGCUGCCAACAGAAAUGUCUCUGUGAACGAGACUCAACCUGCAACCACGUGGACGGCAGCUGCAAGUGCCAGAACGGUUGGAGCGGCAAAACCUGCUCGGUUAGGAAUUGUCCUGAUAAAUACUACGGACCUGAAUGUGCUAGUCUUUGCGACUGUAACACUGAAAACACAGAAAUGUGCCAUCCAUGGACUGGCCAAUGUGAGUGUAAGGUAGGGUGGGAUGGAGCCCAGUGUGCCAGACCAUGUCCUCUCUACACUUACGGACUCGGGUGUCGUAACGCAUGUGUAUGUCAAAACAACGCUCAGUGCCUACCCAACAAUGGCACCUGUAUCUGCGCUCAAGGUUACCGAGGAGAAAAUUGCAGUGAGACCUGUCCUCAAGGCUACUAUGGAGAAGACUGCUCCCAACGAUGUCAGUGUAUGAACGGAGCUACCUGUCUACCCGACACAGGCCGAUGUAUUUGUACUCCUGGAUGGCUUGGCCUACGCUGUGAUAGACCUUGCAAAGAGGGUUUCUACGGCAAGAACUGUACAGAACAAUGCCUUUGUAAGAACAAUGCUGUCUGUGACCCCCAGAAUGGCACAUGUAUCUGUCCGCCUGGUUUCCAAGGCAAGUAUUGUGAGGAGAAAUGUGAGCUGGGAUAUUGGGGUCGUGGAUGUAAACAGCAGUGUGACUGUUAUGUUGAACACUCUCCGAGCUGUGAUCCUGUCACUGGACAAUGCCUCUGCCUGCCCGGGUAUAAAGGACUAAAGUGUGGCAGUCAGUGCGAGUGGGGAAUGUACGGCAUCGACUGUACCAAGAGAUGCAACUGCCUAAACAACGCUUCAUGCUCACAACUUGAGGGUACUUGCGAGUGUAUGAGCGGCUGGACUGGCACUCACUGUGCGGAAACUUGUUCUGAGGGAUUCUAUGGUCUCGGCUGCAAAGAAGAGUGUCCUAGAAGAGGUUAUGUUUUGCUUAUACAAGGCAACCGAACAUGUGAUCACGUGACGGGAGAAUACUCUUGUCGCCCUGGCUACCGAGGGGUCACUUGCCAGAAUCCUUGCGCCAUUGGCACCUACGGCAAGAACUGCUCCAAGAAAUGUUCUUGCAAGAAUGGAGCAGAUUGUCAUCAUGUUACAGGACAAUGCCAGUGUCUACAAGGGUGGAUGGGCCCUACAUGUGCUCAGCCCUGUCCUGAAGGAACCUACGGCAUUAACUGCACUCAACAUUGCAAGUGUCUCAACGGUGGUCGAUGUCGGCUCAAUGACGGAGUCUGUAGAUGUCCUCCAGGCUGGAUCGGAACACAAUGUAGUGAAAUUUGUCCAGAAGGCUACUAUGGUGAUCAUUGUAUGUCUCCAUGUGAAUGCCCAAAUGAGAAUUUCAUCUGCCAUGCUUCCAAUGGCUGUGUCUGCAAACAUGGAUUUGCAGGUGAUAGCUGUGUUGCAAGAGAUCGUAUAUUCAUAGCUCCAGCUCCCGACCGAGGAAUGGGCAGCUUUGUAUUGGCAAUCCUGAUAGUUAUAAUCCUAAUAGGAGUAAUUGCAGCCAUGUACUUCUACCACAAGCACAGAGUUGCCAACCUCAAGACAGAAAUUGCAAGAGUUCACUACAUAGCUGAUCCUAACGGCUCUGCUAUGGAUCAAAACCAUUUUGACAACCCUGUCUACUCUUAUCAGAAACCAGAAGAUAGCUCCAGCCUCCUAAACAACAGAACUAUUCGAAACAACUUGGGAUCACACAAAGCCAGCAACCUUGAACGUCAGAAGUUUGGACCAGGAUUUCAAGAUGAUGACGAUGACAGUUGUAAAGGAGCUUAUGGGUUCGAUGCUGUGGCGAAAAACAAAGACGCUGAUCUGAACAACCCCAAUGUGUACACUGAUAUUGAUAUUGACAAGGAUCACCUGUAUUGUGAAAUACAGAGUAAAGGAGGUGAUGUAUAUGAUACCCUAAAGUACGACCGACCCACAUCAUCAAUGCAUCCUCACUACCACCAGAUGUCUAACGGAGUCGUCAAGGACCCAGGACCUAAACCCAACCUUGACCCUAAUCUCCCGGAGUAGAUACCUCAAAGGUGGAACUAUCGAUCUCGUAACGUUCACCCUAUGUUGUGAUAUAAUAACAACGAACUUGCUGUUGUUACAAGAUGCAGUGAUAAUCAUACUGAGAACUGUUCAGCUUAUGAAUUUAGCAUUUUAUAAAUAGUGUUAACAUAGUAAUAGAAAUUUUUACAAUUUUCCAAUAUAUGUACUAUACUUUCUAAUAUAAAUAAAGACAAUCAUUUUUAUAAAAUUUAUGAUAUUGAAUACUUUGAUAGAAAACAUUUGCAUGAAUUUGUCAUCCGAAUGAAAGUUUAAAUAGUCUGAUUACAGUUUUACUAUAUUAUAAAUGUAUUGAUAUAUUGAAUGUGCAAUGAAUAAAUAAUGCAAUCUACUCUUGUCAAUUUAAGUAUCUUUCAACUUUAAUUGUAGAUAGGAGUAGGUAAUUUUUAUUCUACAGUUAUCCUCAGAAACUGUGAAGUCACUUUCAAAUAUUUUAAUUACACAUUUUUAAUACGACUGAAUAACAUUUAUUAAUUUGUAGUUACCUGAAUAAAGUCUAUUAAAGUGUAAAUUUGAUCAAUAAGUGCUAGUUUUUUUUUCUUUUUUUACAAUACAUCCAUUGUAUUGAAACUAAACAAAUUUAUAUCAUGUUUAUUGUAUGACUAUUAACAAUACCAAAGAACAAAUUUAAAAACAGUUUUAAGCUGAAAUGCUUACACAAAUUUGAUACAUAAAAUUUAGAACAUAUUUCUUUACUGCACAUAUCAUGAUAGGUAUAUUAUAAUAUUUAGGCUAUGAAAUGUAAUUUAUUUGUUUCAGGCACAAUUUUAAAUAGAGUAUAUAUAAUUCAAUCUAGUUGAAAAGCAUAAAAUUAUUUCUAUUUAUGGAAACAAUUAUUAAUGUUGGGCCUAGUCGUAGGUUCAUCAAUUUUCAAUACAGAAACAUAUCAUCAAUGUUUGUUUUUUAAUAACUGGUAAAUCUUUUAACUGAAUUUUUAAAUACUGCAAUGGCUGUAUUUCUGCAAUUUUUAAAUUUCAGUCUACUUAAAAAAAUAAUUGUGAUGUGUAAACUUUACUGUCUAACACACAAUAACAUUAUUAGUUCUUUCCUAUGAAAAUUUAAUAUUUUGUAGUGUACCGUUUUAAUUUUAAGAUAAUACUUUUUAACUUACAAUAAACACUAAACAAGAUUAUUAAUUUCCUAAAAAUAAUAAAAAAAACAUUCAUUUUGUAAAGCUAAUUAACAGCCCAAUUGUACAAAUUCUAAAUUUCAAACAAGAAUUCUAAAAUCAACAAAACCCAUAAAUAAAAAACAAUAUAGGACAUAUUUAUAGCAAUGGCAUUGGGUUGAAAUGGUGGAGUUUUUAUUGUCCUAUUAGUAGUUUGCCCUGUUAUUGGUGUCAUAAGAAAUAAGAUCACCAGGUCACAAGGUAGGGGCGAUGUGAUGUCAUCAAAAUCGGUAUAGUACCAAUUCUCAAUCUGAGAACCAAGAACCAGAAGCAUUGAAAAUCUACUCAUUUAAAAAAUUAACAUUAAUCCUUGUUUUCUUAAAAUUUUUCUUGAAAUACAUAUUUCAGAUUUAACGAAAAUUUUUCCUCUUUGCUGUUAGGAUCCAUUAUUAAUACUGAUCCAAAGUUUCAAUACUAAAUGUGAUAAGACUAGUUUAAGAGAAAUAUUUUGUAUUUGUGUGAUAUUUUAAAGGGUAAGUCCGCAGCAAAAAUGCAUUUUGGAAUGUAUAUUACUGUUAAUAUUAUUUUCAAAUUUUAUAUAUAUAUAUUUUUUGUUUGUUUAUAAUUAAGUUUAGUUUUAAAUUAUUGUAUUUUUAAUCCAACAUCUUCCAAGUCUUUUGACAUUAAAUGGUUUAAAAAUUUCAACAUGCAGACUGUAGUUAUAUCGUUGUUAUUAGCAUGAACUUAUUAACAUUCAGCAUGAUGAAAUCUUUUAUCUAAAUCUUAAUUUUAAUGACGUUUUAAAAUAGUUCUUUAUAUCAUUUUAAUGGAUAAAAUCUAUGUUUUAAUUUGGUUCUUAUAUGUCCUGUUUUAAAAAGAUGAAUUUGUUAUUCAAUAUUGAUGCAUGCAGUUUUUCCUUGUUUUUUAGAAACUUUACUUUUGAAUUGUAGGCCUAGUCUAAGUCUAAGUCUGACUUUCCACAAAAACACUGCUUUGUAAAGCAGUUGAUGGUUGCAAUAUAUUUUUACUGGACACUAACGGUGAUACAAUUAUAUACUAUUUGUAUGAUAGUGCUCACAAUGUAAAUAUAAGGACUAAAAUAAAAAUGAAGUGGAAAAAUGUGA